UUCAUUUAAGGUCAUAAUUUUUGAGUUUUGUAUAAAUGUUAACAACAUAUGUGUAACAGCCCACAGACUGUGUUCGAAAAUAAAAACCAUAGUCUAAACAUUCCUUUACACCUGUAUAAAUAAAAUAUAUUCACGCACUGCAAAACUUAUUUCGAUUUAACUUUUUCAAGGACAAACCACAAACCGAAUCACUAUAAAACAAUUGAUUUAACAUAGUUCACUUAGUUCUACCAGAUUUUCAAAGCUAAUAUACAAUUAUACCUAACCUAACCUUUCCGAUUAUAUUAGGAAGUGAAUAGAUAAAAAUGAGACGUUUUUGUUUUUUAUUAUCAUUCGUUGUGGUAAAUGUUUUAGCAGUUAUAGAUUUUGAUAAAUUAUAUGGUGAACUUGUAGAGCAGGCUCAAUUAACAAAUAGACAAAUCCGGCGGGUGUCAUGUCGUGAUGUGCGUUUGAUACCGGUAAUUAGAAAAUUUGUUCUUGCAGAUAAACCGAUGAGUGUAUUAUCUCAACCAAAUCACGACGAUGAAAUACUGCAACAUGCCAUAGAUUCCGAAAUCGAAUUACAAACAGCUAUAACAACCGGGUUAGGUGUCCCUGUUCCUGACCAAAAUAGACCUAUAGGUCGAAUAUGUACUGCAAUGAGAAAUCUAUGUCGUCCACGUGAACCGCAGAAUUCGGAGGGUAGCUGUUAUUAUAAUUAUAUUCCAUUUGUGGAUCUGAAACUUCAAGAAGAGAGAACAAAGCUAUUCCGUGAUGCUACAAAACUAUUUAUCAGUUCUGCAUUAAGACCAGCCCACGAAGACUACAGAAAUUAUAACCUGAUGUGUCGAUUAAAAGGUGUAUACAGAAGUAUAUUAGGCCCAAUAGGUACUUAUGUAAUGUCAGCUGAAGUUGUUGAUGAUGAGUGUCGUCUAACUGAUAGUCUCGGAAAAACAACCACUGUCAUUUGCAUUGGGGAUGACAUUGGAGAUGACUAUUUAACAAAAAAUCAUUAAUAUAGUAAAAAGUAUUCACUUGCUCAUUAAAACAUAUACAGUACUAUUGUUAUUAUAUUUGAAUAAUUAUUCCAAACCAUAUUUGUAUAAAAAUUAUCAAAUUUAAUAUAUCUUUCAAUAAACCGUUUUACUAAUGUUUAUAAA